GUUGCAACAAAGUGCAUCUUGGAGCACAGACUGAUUUUAAACAAACAAACAAACAAGCCUUAUUGCUCGUGUAGGUGCAUUUUUUUCUCUCCUGUUGCUCCGCCAAACCGCGUAGGCCGCGCGCCACCUCGGCAGCGCUCGCGCGCAGGCACGCGGACCCAACAGCACGAGGACAGCGGGUCAUGAAAGAGGUGAGGCGGCGAGAUGAAAGGGAGCGCCGGGACGAGUAACUGAUGGAGAGGCUGCUGUCCGCAACAGCUGUCUGACAACUCCGAAGCGCACGUAGAACUAAUCUACAAUGUCCUGCUCAGUAGCUGAAAUCACAAGAUUUUUGACCUUUGUGUCUCUGAGCAUUGUAAUCAACAGUCGCUGCCACAUUCUUCACAUAAGGGCUAAAUAAGACUCGGCCUCAAGCACACAAAAAACAGUGAUGGACAGGUGAAACUGAGAGGCCAUGAGGUGGCCUUUAUUCUAAACCUUAAUAGACAUUUUGAUUCUAAAAAGGGACAUAUUAGCAUCUGUCAGAGUUUUCUGUCAAACAUUGACUUUUGCACCAUAAGCCAUGCCUUUAAACAUUAGAGCCAAACCCCCACAGAGCAAGCUGUCUGCUGCCUCAAAGAGUAGCGGACACACCUCUCUGGGGAGCACAACAUCUCAUUCAUGCUUUUCCAAGUCCCCCAAGCUGGGCAAAGGCAGACAGACAGGAAGUUCAACACCAGGAUGCCGCUCGGGCCUAGAACCAGGGUGUGUAUUGGGGGGUGUGCCUCCCACAGAGCUUAAAUUGGCUGGAGAUCAUGGGUCAGGGUCAAGGCCAGGUUCUAAGAGUAAAACUGGCACUGCACCAGAUAAAGGAGCAGUCCAUAGGUCAACAACAGCUCCUGGGGGUAAAACAUUGUCUAUGGAGAACAUCCAAUCUUUGAGUGCUGUCUAUGCCACAUCAGGUACCAUGUACCCUAAUGAGCGAGAUGCCUUGGAAUCCUCUGGUGGAUACCCCAAAGGUACCAUGACCCUAGACAGAAGCGCAAGCCGAUCUUCCUACACCGGCCGCUCAACAGCGAUGGGUAGCAGCCCAAACAUCACAUCUUCUGGACUGUCUCACACGACAGAACCAUAUGGACAUCAAACCUCGCAUUCAGCAGGGACAUCCAGUCUGCAUCGCCAGUCUAGGAGAUGCCGACAAGGACUGGAUUCAGCUGGGUGGGAAGAGGUUUCCACGUUGGACCUUCAGACUCAGCUGAGGGAUCUUCAGAGGGAGAAUGACCACCUCAGGAAUGAAUUAAAUGAAGGAAGAGAUGGAAGGAGCGGCCCCAGCAUUAAUAAUGUAAACAUCUGGAGCCCGGAUGCAAAGAGGGAAAAGGGGACUGGACAGGAGGAGAGAGUGCGAGGCUCAGUUCUGAAAGACCAGUCCAGGAUGAAUCAAGUGGACUUGCAGCAACCUGAGGAUUUUGGAAGAAACAAGCAGCUUCCAUUAACAGUGCAGGAGCUUCAAGAAGAGCUCAGAAGUCACAGGGAGAUGAAUAGUGGCCUACAGCUUCAGCAGCAACAACAACAACAACAGGGGAACACGAGCUCCUACAGAGACCUCCAUGUUGACCAAGACCACAGAGGGGUACUCAGCCCUGGACACAGCCCCAGACAAAGUCCCAGUCACCUCCACAGCUCUUUGCAGAAGAAAAACCCCAGACCCAGUCCAUCCAACACCUACAACCCAAGGCAACAGGAUGCUGACAUUAUCAUCCACAGCCCCAAUUAUGGCUGUAACACUUCAGUAACCACACAGAGACUCAGUCCAGCCAACACCCUUCAGCCAGGAACUCGGAACAGCCCAGGUCAGACUCUCUACAGCCCUCAUCAAGGUCCCCACUCUAGUUUGGUGGCACCCUGCCAGGUGCCUGGAUGUGAUGGCUGCUCCUCAGCCUCUCCUCUAGAUGGCUCCGAUGAGAACUUCUUCCGCCUGCAGUCUGAGCACGAGCGCCAAGCCAAGGAACUUUUCUUGCUGAGGAAGACCAUGGAAGAGAUGGAGAAAAGAAUUGACUCUCAGAAGCAGACACUGGGGGCCCGGGAUGAGAGCAUCCAGAGACUGCUGGAGAUGCUCCAGGGCCAAGGUCAUGGUCAAGGGCAUUGGGGUCAGGGACAAAGGUCAAGUGUUGUAACUAUGGCAGCACAGGAGCCUGAAGCCCUGCUGGAGAAUGUGCAGGCAAGAGAGGACACAAAGAUCUCUUCACUAGAGAGGAAUAUCAGGGACUUGGAAGAUGAAGUCCAGAUGUUGAAGACCAGUGGCCUGCUGCACCCUGAUGACAGGCAGCAUGAGCUGAAACAUGUGGAAGUCUACAAGAGCCAUUCUAAAUUCAUGAAAACUAAGGAGCAGGCCUCGUCACCGUGUGUGUCUCAGGGCUCCAUCAGACCAGAUCCCACCUUCCUCCUCCCCACCCAACAACCCUGGAUCACAGAACGACCAGAAAUAGAGCAGCUGAAGCAGGAGCUGAGCAGGAAGGAGUCAGAGAUGCAGGCAUUGCAGACCAAACUAGAAACACUAACCAAUCAGAAUUCAGACUGCAAGCAACACAUCGAGGUGCUGAAGGAGUCACUCAGUGCCAAGGAGCAACGCGGCAAUACUCUGCAGACUGAGGUAGAUGCUCUGCGAGUGCGUUUGGAGGAGAAAGAGCAGUUUCUUACCAAAAAGACCAAGCAGCUGCAGGACUUGACUGAUGAAAAGAGCACACUAACUGGAGAGAUCAGAGACAUGAAGGACAUGCUGGACGUCAAGGAGAGGAAGGUCAAUGUCUUACAAAAGAAGAUUGAGAACCUGUUGGAGCAGUUAAAGGAUAAGGACAAACAGCUGGCUAGUUUAAGGGAACGGGUCCAAGGCCUUCAAACUGAUUCCAGCAAUACAGACACCGCCCUGGCCACGCUGGAGGAGGCCCUAUCAGAAAAGGAGAGAAUUAUUGAGAAUCUACGAGAACAGCGAGAGAGGGAGGACAGGGGCCGACUGGAGGAACUGGAGCAAAUGAGGAAGGAGAAUCAAAACUUAAAGGACAGACUCGCUGCCCUGCAGCCCCAGAAACUGUCCCUAACACAGGCGAUUAACCCAGGGCAGACCCAGAACCAGAAGGCCGAUGAAGAGAAGCAAAAUCUUGAAGACGCAGUAUGGAAGUGUCCAGACAUCACAGACCGCCUGAGGCUCCUGGAGCAGGAAUUGGCUCGCUACAGAGAUGAAUCUGGGAAGUCCCAAGCUGAGGUGGAGAGGCUGAUGGCAGCUCUGAGGGAAGCUGAGAUGGACAGAUCCUGCAAGGAGAAGAAAAUUUCUGAUCUUGAGAGACCUGGGCAACUCAAGUCUCCUAAUAUCCAGAAGCAGAUGCUGCCAGCUGAGAUGAGGAAAGAUGCCCUGACUGAAGAACACCCGCAUUCGUUAUCACAGUUGGAGGAGCUGAUGGGGGCUUUGGAGAAGACACGUCGGGAAUUGGAUGCCACCAAGCUUUGUCUGUCUUCUACUCAGCAGUCCCUAUAUGAAAGAGAUGGACACCUCAGCAGUCUACGUGUGGAGAGACGCAAACAGCUGGAUGAAAUUCUGGAGAUGAAGCAGCAGGCGUUGCUGGCAGCCAUCAGUGAGAAGGACGCCAAUAUCGCCCUGCUGGAAUUGUCAUCCUCCAAGCGGAAGAAAGUCCAGGAGGAAGUAAUGGCUCUGAAGAGGGAAAAGGACAGGCUCAUGCACCAGCUCAAACAGCAGACGCAGAGCAGAAUGACGCUGAUGACAGAUAACUAUGAAGAAGAGCACAUGCACCCUCAACAUCAUCCUCACCACGACCACCACAUGCAUCUGGCAAACGUGCAUCACCGCAGCUUACCAAGGGGCCCCCCCCACAUGAACCAACGACCCCAAAUGGAACAGGAUGAUGAAGAAGGAAUAUGGGCAUGAUGCUGUCACCAUGGGAACUCUGCAAGCAAUUUAACACAGUGAGUCUUUUGCUAUACACAGCUAUUUCCUCCUAAAUUUAGAGUUAUUAUAC